UCCGCCCUCCGACAGGUGGCGUCGUUUCCUCCCCGCCGUCUCCUUUGUUUUUCCCGUCCCUCGGCUGUGCGUGCCCGGCUGCAUCAUACGGACGCCGACUAUUUCUUUUUUCGGUUUUUUUUGUUUUUUGUUUUUUUUAAAAAAAAAAAUUUUGGGUUUUUUUUUUUUUUUUUUUUUUUUUAAUACAUUUCCACGAUGGCGGAGGACAGCGAGUCCGCGGCCAGCCAGCAGAGCCUGGAGCUGGACGACCAGGACACCUGCGGGAUAGACGGCGACAACGAAGAGGAGAACGAACACAUGCAGGGGAGCCCGGGGGGGGACUUGGGAGCCAAGCGGAAGAAGAAGAAGCAGAAGAGGAAGAAAGAAAAGCCGAGCUCGGGAGGAGCCAAGUCCGACUCUGCCUCCGACUCCCAGGAGAUCAAGAACCCCGGGCUGCCCAUGCAGAAGCUGCAGGACAUCCAACGAGCCAUGGAGCUGCUGUCCUGCCAGGGACCGGCCAAGAGUGUUGACGAAGCGGCUAAGCACAAGUACCAGUUCUGGGAUACGCAGCCUGUACCCAAGCUAAAUGAAGUGGUGACGAGCCACGGACCGAUAGAAGCGGACAAGGAGAACAUCAGACAGGAGCCAUAUUCCUUACCGCAAGGCUUUAUGUGGGACACCCUGGAUCUCAGCAGUGCAGAUGUGCUGAAGGAGUUGUACACACUAUUAAACGAAAACUAUGUGGAAGAUGAUGACAACAUGUUCAGAUUUGAUUAUUCACCCAACUUUCUCAAAUGGGCACUGCGCCCCCCUGGCUGGCUACCACAGUGGCACUGUGGAGUGAGAGUGUCCUCCAACAAGAAACUGGUUGGCUUCAUCAGUGCCAUCCCUGCAGAUAUACAUAUCUAUGACACGCUGAAGAGGAUGGUGGAAAUCAACUUCCUGUGUGUUCAUAAAAAACUGCGUUCGAAGCGCGUCGCUCCUGUCCUGAUCCGAGAGAUCACACGGCGGGUCAACCUGGAAGGAAUAUUCCAGGCUGUCUACACUGCAGGAGUGGUACUGCCCAAACCUGUGUCCACGUGCAGGUACUGGCAUCGAUCUCUGAACCCCAGAAAGCUUGUGGAAGUCAAGUUCUCCCACCUGAGCAGAAACAUGACCCUGCAGAGAACCAUGAAGCUCUACAGGCUACCAGACAGCACCAAGACCCCAGGGUUGCGGCCGAUGGAGAGGCGUGACAUCCGCCAGGUCACCGAGCUGCUCAAGAAAAACCUAAGACGUUUCCAGCUGGUGCCCUCUAUGGGAGAAGAAGAGGUGGCCCACUGGUUCCUGCCACAGGACAACAUCAUAGAUACAUAUGUAGUGGAGGGCGCCGGUGGCGUUCUGACAGAUUUUACAAGCUUCUACACCCUGCCUUCCACCGUGAUGCACCACCCUCUCCACCGGACCCUGAAGGCUGCUUAUUCCUUCUACAGCGUUCACACACACACCCCACUCCUGGACCUAAUGAACGACGCCCUGAUCUUGGCUAAACUGAAAGGAUUUGACGUGUUCAAUGCCCUGGAUCUGAUGGAGAACAAGGUGUUUCUGGAGAAGCUAAAGUUUGGCAUCGGAGACGGCAAUCUGCAGUAUUACCUCUACAACUGGAAAUGUCCCCCUAUGGACCCCGAUAAGGUCGGCCUUGUACUUCAGUAGCUAGCCCCCUCACGGCUUCUACACACACCGAUCCAGAGGUUAGCGGCGACCUCGGGCUACCCCUUAACUUGGACACAAAGGUAGCCCAAGCUAGACAAUGAGAACUUAACACCACUAGAACCAACCAGGUGAUCUGGGGGAGCUGGCCUCACACGAGCCGGUCUCCCAGCACCCGUGUCAUAAUGACCAUCCUCCCUCCUGGCUCACCUGGAGGUGAACGCUCUGAUAUCAUCAACAUCCUGAAU